CCCUUUUAUAAAAAAAACUGUGCGCCCAUGUUAUUAAUAUUAAUAAAUAAAGAGUGGGAGGAAGCAGUUAGAUUAGUUUAUAUAUGAAAGAACUUUCUUGUCAAUAGUAGGUUUGUAGUGGGACGACAUUAGAGGACUAAAGAUAAUCAAAAUGAAGUGUGCCGCAAUCAUCCUUUUCUGCGCGUGCACUGUUUGGGCUGCACCAACUGAAGAGAAUAGUGUUCAACUAUUAGCAGUUGCUAAUAGACAGUUUGCUGCUGGAGUAUACAAGGAAAUCCUCAAAACUCAACAAGGCAAUCUGAUCUUCAGUCCUUUCUCCGCAGAAACCGUCUUAGCUCUUCUAUCGGCCGGCGCAAAUGGUCCCACACAUGAUGAACUCGUCCAUGGUCUCUCCCUACCAUCCUCCCAACAAAGCAUCCAAAAGUCCUUCAAGGAGUUUUUGCCCAAAUUGACAUCUAAUACUGAAGAUUUGAAAUUAUUAUCGGCCAAUAAAAUUUAUGCGGGAAAACACGUGAAGUUGGAAAAGGCUUUUGAACAAGUUGCUGUUGAUGUUUAUCAUUCUGGUGUAGAAAAUAUUGAUUUCUCCAAAAACGUUGAAGCUGCCAAUACCAUUAACAAAUGGGUAGAAACACAAACACACGACAAAAUCAAAGACCUCAUCAAAUCCGAUUCUGUUUCUGACGCCACCGCUUUGGUACUCGUUAAUGCUCUAUAUUUGAGCGCUAAAUGGGUAAAUCCUUUCGAAGAUUUUCUAACUAAACCUCAAAAAUUCUACAAAAAUAACAAUGACCACGUUGAAGUUCCAACUAUGAGCCAAAUCGACUACUUCCAUUACUAUGACAAUACUGAAUUGGGUGUCAAAUUUUUGGAACUCCCAUACGUUGCUGAUGGUUUGAGCAUGGUAAUUGCUUUGCCACACGAAAAAGAAGGUUUGACGGCUCUUGAAAAAAACGUAGAAAAACUUUUGGAACCUCAACCAUUAAAACGUGAACGUGUUGACGUUAAAUUGCCACAAUUCACAAUUGACUCAGAAAUUCCAUUCGUCGAUAUCCUUAAAGCUUUGGGAGUCAAUAAAAUAUUUGGUGGCGGCGCUGACUUGUCUGGUUUGUCUUCGACCAACAAGAACUUGCUUGUGUCAGACGUUAUCCAAAAGGCCUUCAUCAACGUUACUGAGACAGGAACCGAAGCUGCUGCAGCAACUGCAGUUGUGAUGGUCGGCUAUUCAGCUUUUCGUGAAACCCAACCACCAAAACUUUUCCAUGCUGAGCAUCCCUUCACAUAUUUAAUCAAAAAAGACGAUGUCAUUCUUUUUGCCGGACGUGUCGCAUUCAACUAGUUUGAUAAUUUGUUAAUAAAAUUUAAAAAGUUGUACAUAAAUGUAUAUUGUUUGAAUAAUAUAUGUAUUUUUCGAA